UUUCUCUUUGUUACUUCUGCGCAUGCUUUGCAGCAGAUGUGGGGUCUUCAAAGUCAGCAGCCGGCGCGGAGUAGGCCAGGGCCUGUGCUGCAACCGCUGCCCGGACCACGGGCCUUGGUGCAGCAGCCGCGAAGCGAAGGCACCGAAGCCUGCAAAUGCCAAGCGCAAGGAGCAGGCGAAAGCGGAGAAUGAGAGCGCGGCGAAGAAGCACCGCGCGGAGACGGCGAAGGCGGCGAGCGCUUCACUGCCGCUGCCGCUGCCACAGCUGCGGUGCCUGUCGCUGCGGAACUUGUCGCGGGAGCUGCGAGAGGCGAAGGAAGAUCCCAAGCUCAAGGAGGCUCGAAAAGCGCAAGAAGAGGCUGUGGCAAAGGACUACGAGGCGAAGAGGAAGUGGGAGGAGGCCACAAAGUGCCUGGCCAUUGGUGGCCAGGCCACCAUGGAUGUGGCAGCCAAAGAAGCUGCCCUUUUGCGCUCGGAAGCAGAGCUUGCGAAAGCGCGGGAGCUCGCAGAAGCAGGCAAUGAGGAGGCAGAGUCCGCCGCUUCAACUGCACGGGCCGUGCAGCAGGCUGAGAGGAAGGUGCUCCAAGACCGGUGUGCUGCGGACAAGGCCCGCGAGCUGCAGAUCCUCGACAAGCAGCGGAAGGCCAUCCAAGAAGACAGGGAGAAGCAGGAGGCUCACUUGAAGGACGCUUUGGCCAAGGUCAAGGUGCUGAACUCCGCGCACGCGGUGACGGCCUCUGACCUGGGCCCUCCCUUUCUGGCGGUGACCCCGACAACGAGCGGCCUCGAGGUAGACCUGGGCGCUUUGCAGGAACUCCUCCGGGCGGAAUGGUGCGUUAGCGUGGAUGAGGUCUGCGUGCCCGUGCGGCUGCUACAGUCGGAGCUGUCGCCUGCAGAUUUGUUGCAACUGGAGCUGCCAAAAGGCCACACCGCGCACGCGCGGCUCACCGAGGAGUGCAUCGCGCAGCUCAAGGACCUGCCGAAAGGGAAGUGCCGGGCGCAGGGUGUGUCGCUGCUGAGGGGCUGGCUUGGGCUGGAGCCGAUGCGCCUUCACAAAGAGGUCACGGCACAACUGGAGCGGCUGCUCUCGCGCCGGGAGCCGGACAAAAACCUCCAGCCGCCGGCAGCGCUGCAGGGCACACUGCGGAGCUACCAAGCCCACGGCUUCUCUUGGAUGGCCUCGAAUGUACGGAAUGGCGUUGGGUGCCUGCUGGCAGACGAUAUGGGCCUGGGCAAGACCUUGCAGACCAUCGCUCUUUUGUUGCACCUGAAGGCGGCGCGCUCUCAGCCCUUUCCAGCCUUGGUGGUGAUGCCUUUGAGCAUCCUGGGGAACUGGUCCUCUGAGUUGGCCACCUGGGCGCCGAGCCUGCGAUGCGUCACCUAUCACGGUUCCAACCGCGCCCUGCCGAAGAACUGCCUCCGCGAGGGCCCCGCCAAAGGCGCGGCGACAGCUGAGGCGGAUGUGGUGCUCACAACGUACCAUCUGCUAAGGGACGAUUUGCAGCUACUCUUGGAGCGAUGUCAGUUCAGCGCUAUGGUGCUGGAUGAGAGCCAGGCGAUCAAGAACCGGUCCAGUCAGAUCACCCGUGCCGCUAUUGAGCUGGCGGAACAGACCGUGGGCUCUACCCGCAUCGCGCUCACCGGAACGCCAGUGGAAAACACCUUGGCUGAGCUGCACUCCAUUUUCAGCUUCAUCCUCCCAGGGUACCUGGGCUCGGCCCGAGACUUCGAGAAGGAGUUCACCCGGCCGCUGGAAAAGGUUACAGCGGAUGGGCACUGCACGCUGCGUGCCCGGCUGCUGCACGCCAUCCGCCCCUUCGUGCUGCGGCGCUGCAAAAGCGACGAGGCGGUGGCACCAGACCUGCCGCCCAAGAUCGAGCUGACCCAUGCGGUCAUGCUGACGAGCGCUCAGCGCACCCUCUAUGAGGCCGUGAAGAAGCAUGAGCUGGAGAAGGUCCUGGAAGCAAAGGUUGCUGAGGGGCAGGAGGAGCGGCUGGAGCUUGGCCUCGAGGAGUCCAAGGAGGCAGCACCCAUCACUGUGCGGGCGCGCGAGGUACUGAGUGUCCUGCAUGCCCUGCAGCAGAUUUGCAACCAUCCACGAGCGCUCGGGGGCAAGCACUGGCCUCCCGGAGUGGUGCAGGACGAGCGCUUCACGGACGCAGCGGAGACCAGCGGCAAGAUGUCUCGGCUCAUGGCGCUGCUCGAGGAGGUGCUCGCUCCCAGCGAUGGCCAAGGCGAGAAGGUGCUGAUCUUCACCCAAUAUGUGAACACGGCGCUUCUGCUGCAGUCCACCAUUGAAGCCAACUACCCCCAGAUCAAGGCCUUGGCGAUCUUCGGGUCCGUAGGGCUGCCAGAGCGGGAGGAGUUGCUGCGGCGCUUCAAGACGGAGCCCAGGUGCGCUGUCAUGAUCAUGACCCUCGGCACUGGUGGAGUUGGCUUGAACCUUGUGGAGGCGUCUCAUGUUGUUCACUAUGACCGGUGCUGGAAUCCUGCCAGAGAGGCUCAGGCCACCGACCGAGCCCACCGCAUCGGCCAAUGUCGAACCGUGAUGGUGCAUCGACUGGUUACCAGCGACACCGUUGAGGAGCGCCUAGCCGCGGAGCUCACGCGGAAGAGCCGCCUUGCCGGGGAGGUGGUUCCCACAAGUGCCACAGACAUCAGCUCCUUUUCCGUCCAGGAGCUGGUGGAACUUCUCUCGGGCCAGGCAUAGAUGUCGACGGAACUUAGCGUGUGAAAUCUGAGAGCGGAGAUUCGUAGAUGCGCGGCUGUAAGGAGAGAACCGUUUGAAGGCGAAGAC